GAGGGCGAGGGCCUGAAAUAUAUCUCCACGCUCGACCCUGCUCAGCGUCAGCUCUCUGACGGUGGUGCCCGUGGGGCGGCAUUGCCGGAUGAUUAUUUGCUCAAGGUUGAUUAUCCACUGGUAGUGCCUGUAGAUAGGAAAGUGCGCUUGAUCACUACGGCCGCUGAUGUGAUUCACUCCUUUACUGUGCCUGCGUUUGGUAUCAAGCAAGAUGCUAUACCUGGUUUUGUGCGUGAUACGUGGUUCCGCGCCAAUAAGGUAGGUGACUAUUACGGCCAGUGCGUAGAGCUGUGCGGCAAAGAGCAUGCCUAUAUGCCUAUACACGUUAAAGUAUUGGCCCAGGCGGACUACACAGCUUGGGCGCAAGCUGAGUUGAAAAAAGCUGCCGCACAGGCAGAUGAUCCGACCAAAGUCUGGACUAUGGAUGAGUUGAUGAAGCGC